AUAUAUGUGUGUAAUAUAUAAUAUGGCAUACCCAUAGGCGCGUGCGCGAUUUUUGCACGAGCCCACACAUGAAUGAUGCGAUUGUACUACAUGUACAGGAAGCCGCCCACGCCUACAUGUAUCCAUGAGAAUCGUAUUGGUUUCUAUCCUCGCACUGUUCUCGCGCCCCACGCUUGAUACGGCAUGCUGCCUGUAAGAGCAUCGUCAGCCCCGCUCUUCUUUCUCCGCGAGCAUACAUAUUCAUCUACGUAUCACCGAGCUUCCCCUCUACUCUUGUACUCUCAUUUCCCAUUUGGCUAAAGCGAUUCAGCUCGGCUGCUGCCAAGCUGCCUCCGCGAGUCCGUGAGGCACUUCAAAUGUAUUUCUGCAGCUCCAGAAAGGUGACUUGUGGAGCUGGAUGUUGCCGUUCAUUCAUGGGACUGCUUUUGCCUAGUGUUUUCCUUCUCUACAGCUCGCUUGCGAGUCGUGCAGUGUAUCUCUCGUGAAGUGCUACGAGAGCGAAUGUGCCGCGCUUGGGUUACCAUUUACGGUAAUAACUUAUGAAGAGCCAAGAUCUGCCUCUGUUGCAGAGAAAUCAUGCUUCCUUCUAUCUCGUCCACGCUUGAAAAUUAGCAUCUUUGUAUAUCUAUCAGUCCUGUGCGAUGUCUUGUGCGAUUGACGAAUGAGUGGUAUUUAAUAUGCGGUUUCUUUGUGUUGCAACGAUCUUGAGAGUAGCAUAAGUAAUUUUGGAAUUCAACAGCGACGAGAAAUUGACAGAAACUCGUCUCAAUAACUGCCUUGUGAAAAGUGUGCGAAAGGAUACGAAACAAUAGCCACAAUGAUUGGUCAAUUGAAGACAAGUUUACUUUUUACCCUUGUGCUAUGGACUGUAGUCAGUAUAGCAGUGCAAAAUAAGCCAAAGCCUACUGGAACAAAUUUCUGUAUAAGUAAACAAUCAUGCCACGAAUGUAUUCAGACGCCAAGCUGUGCUUGGUGUUCUUUACCUGACUUUGAUGAUAAACGUUGUUUUCUUCCUCACAUAAAUACAAGGAUCUCAGAAAUUUGCCCAGAAAAUUACACAUUUAAUCCUGAUAAUGAGUACAUCAAAAUACGUCAUAAAGAUCUGUGGAAAGGUAGUUACAGUAUUGAUGGUGGAAGUGAGAGUGGAUUCUUUAUUGAAGAAGGUGGUCACGAAUCAUAUAAUGGGAAAUUUAAUGUACAAGGUGGUGGAAAAUCUUACUUUGGUGGUAAACAAGAAGCUGUACAACUUUAUCCUCAAGAAAUUAAUUUAAAACUAAGGAUUAAUGAAGUUCAAAAAAUUAAAAUUGAAUAUGCGCAAGCAGAGGAUUAUCCAGUAGAUCUUUAUUACCUUAUGGACUUGAGUAAUUCUAUGAAAGAUGAUAAACAAAAACUUUCUGAUUUGGGUCAACUUUUGGUAGAAAGUAUGAACAAUAUAACAAGUAAUUUUCGAUUGGGUUUUGGUAGCUUUGUGGAUAAAGUCAUUAUGCCCUAUGUUAGUAUGGUGCCAAGGCAACUUGAAGAGCCAUGUGAUGGCUGUGCUGCACCAUAUGGUUUCCAAAACCAUAUGCCACUUUCUCAAAAUACUCAAAAAUUUGCUCAAGAAGUACAUGAUGCACCAGUAUCUGGAAAUCUGGAUGCACCGGAAGGAGGUUUUGAUGCUAUAAUGCAAGCGAUUGUAUGUCGUGAUGAAAUUCAGUGGAGAGAAAAAGCUAGAAAACUUUUGCUCUUUUCUACUGAUGCAGGUUUUCAUUUUGCUGGUGAUGGAAAGCUUGGAGGAAUUGUUAAACCAAAUGAUGGAUGCUGUCAUCUUGAUGAAUACGGAAAUUACAAACAUUCAACUUUACAGGAUUAUCCUAGUAUUUCACAAAUUAAUUUAAAAGUUAAAGAAAAUUCCAUUAAUAUCAUUUGGGCCGUUACUGAAGAACAAAUAAAAGUUUAUCAAUCACUUACAAAACUGAUUGAAGGAUCUUAUGCUGCAAAACUCAGCAAUGAUUCUAGCAACAUUGUUGAUUUAGUCAGAGAGCAAUACAAUGCUAUUUCAAGUACUGUUGAAAUGAAAGAUACAUCUAGUAAUUAUGUAAAUAUUAAAUACUUUUCAAGUUGUUUGGGUGGUGGACCUUCAAUAGAGACAAACAAGUGCAAUGGUAUUAAAGUAGGAAAUAAGGUGGAAUUUACAGCGGAAAUUGUAGUACCUGCAUGUCCUGAAAAUCGAUCUGAAUGGAAUCAGAAAUUCCUUAUAUAUCCGAUUGGAAUUAAUGAGUCAUUGACAGUGAACUUGGAAAUGAUUUGCGAUUGUCAAUGCGAGAAACCAUUCGAAACGGGCUAUGAAAAAAAUUCAACAGUAUGUCAUCAUGGCGGUGAUUUGAGCUGUGGGGUUUGCAAUUGCUAUGAUAAACAUUUUGGAAAAAAUUGCGAAUGCACGACGAACGACCCAAGUCAGACCUUUGUAAACGAGUUUGCUUGUAGACGGGACAAUACAUCAACUGUCGAUUGCAGUGGCAGAGGAACUUGCACAUGUAACAGGUGUGAGUGCGAGACAAGAAUAGAUGAAACGGAGAUUAUUGACGGCCAAUACUGCGAAUGUGAUAAUUUUUCGUGUGACCGUCGCAAUAAUACGAUUUGUUCUGGACAUGGAAAUUGUAACUGUGGCGUUUGCAACUGUCUGCCUGGUUGGUCCGGCGAUGCUUGUGAAUGCAGUACUGACACAAGCGCCUGCUUCCGACAUGGUAUCGAAUGCUCAGGACAUGGGGUGUGUGAGUGCGGAAAAUGCAAGUGUAACGUUGAAGGCGAAUAUCGUUAUUCAGGUCAAUACUGCCAGAUAUGCCGCACCUGUCCUAGUCGUUGCGAAGAACUGAAACCUUGCGUUCUUUGUCAUGCUUUUAAGGCUGGAAAUCUUACAGAAACUGAAUGUAAUGCAACAUGCCCUGAUUUUCACCCUGUAAUCGUUCAAACGCUUGAAGUGGAUGCUGACGAGGAAGAAACAGGCUGCUGGGGUUACGAUGAGCAUGAUUGCAAAUAUUACUUUGCCUACCAUUACAAUAUGACUACCAACAAGUUGCAAGUUCGAGUUCAAGAGCACAGAGAAUGUCCACCACAAGUUUAUAUUCUAGGAAUAGUGCUUGGAGUUAUUGGAGCAGUUGUGCUGAUUGGUAUGGCACUUUUGCUUGUUUGGAAAUUACUUACAACGAUUCACGAUAGAAGAGAAUUUGCUAGAUUUGAAAAAGAAAGAAUGAUGGCAAAGUGGGAUGCUAGUGAAAAUCCUAUUUACAAACAAGCUACAUCAACUUUCAAAAAUCCAACAUAUGCUGCUAGUGGUGCUGUUUUAAACAAACCGAAGCUCGUAGACGCGCCUCUGGCACCGGUCGCACCACCGGAAGAAGAGGUCGUCGUUCGCAAGGUGCUGGUUUCGAAGAGUAUCCAACAACAUUCUACGUCGACGAGCCACAAUCCUGGAGGCUAUGCCGAGUUAGACAGCAGCGGAGCCAUUUCGUAUGCGCAUCAACGAAGCGGCAGCAGCUACGAGCACUCAGCGGGCGGUGGUUAUGGAUACGAUGGUGACGGUGGUGGCGCAGGUGGUUCGUCUUACGCGCAAAAAAGCGGCUACAUGGCAGUCAGUCAAACCGACGGAGGUUCCAUCAGCGGCGAAGGCUACGGUCAUCAACGCGGAGCGAGCGGUUACAGUCGACAAGUAGCCAGCAGCAGCAACAAUCAAGGAAGUUUGGCCUCCGCUUCCGCAAAUGGAUCAGGUUACGCUCAAAGGACCGGGUAUAUGGCGGUGAGCCAGAGCGAUUCUGGUUACGGGCCUGCCAAUGGUUACAGUCAAAAAGCCAGCGGCUACAACUCGCAUUCGAGCGCGGGAGAAUACAAUAAUCAACACUCCAGAGGCUACGGUGAUAGCGCUAGAAGGCAAGUUAUCGGCGGUGAUUACGGUGGUCUUGAAGAAGACACCGUGACUAUUCGUCAGACGACCUACACUGAACGCCACGACAAUUAUUAACAAUUAUCAACAGAUCAGGAAUCACAGCCUGAAAAACGAUUUUCGUGCCUGUUGAAAGUAGACCUUCAGUUCAUAACUUCGUUUAAUAGUAUCUUUGUUCUGGUCCAAAGUCUAAUGCAUUAUAUAAUACAUAGUUUCAUCGUCUUGACUGAGAUAAAACCAGAGAAUAUUUUACUGAAAUUGAUUGUUCGUCAUUAUUUAUCACUAUUAAUUCAUUUUUUUUUAAGUUAUUGUUUUAAUUAAAACAAUAUACUUUAUAAAACAUCAACUGGUUCAUAGAUACACGAUUAGUGUACCAACAAAAUUCUUAAGAUUCGAAUCCACUCUGUCUGUCCGUAUAUUGGCUCCAGUUUGUUCGAACGUUUCAUAAUUACUUCUAAAACUAAUAUAUUGUGGAGUGAUAUUUGCUGCACAAAUUUUAUUCAUAUUGUAGUGUUGAGUCACGUCUACAACAGUGAAUGUACAUAUGAUUGUGUAUAUUUUUUAUAGCUAAAGAAACUGCCAGUGCGUUUUUGCUUGAUCUUCAUACGCGCUCUCUCUCUCUUCUCUGCUUACUCUCUUUUUUGUGCAAAAAGAGAAAUUUUAUUUUGUUUCCUUUCUAUAGCUAUUUUCAUUGUCAUAAAGAUUACAUGUAGACCUCCACAAAAAAAGCAUUUGAAAGGUUUGCAAGGCCGAAGCAGUAAUCUCAUUUCAAUUACUCGUGUGGUAUUGGUUUUUUGAACCUUGAUUUAGGAGUAACAUGAAAUAAAAUGAGACUAAAAAAACUAACGACUGUUAUUUGUUUUUAUAAACAAAUUUAAACCUGUAUUAAUAAUUUUAACUCUCCGUUUCACCUUAGGGUGGAUAAAGUAUAUAUAAGAAAAUUUAUAAUAUAUAAUUUAAAAUUUUAAAUGAAAUAUUGUAUGUUUGUUAUUGAGUUCGCUUUAAAAGAUAUAAUGUUCUUAUAUGAAAUACUAAAUGAUUUUUAAAUCGUCAUUCUAUAGAUUCAACAAAAAUUGUCUUCACAUUCAGAUUAAUCGAAGAGUUAUUAAAAAAACCUCUAUUAGUUGCUAAAAAUUUUUAUAAAAAAAUAAUUUAGAUUAUUAGAUUUAUGUCAUUAUGUGUCAUAGUACUUAAUAAAGAUAUCAGUA